AGGCCGUUGAGUGCAGAAGAGGAACAUUUACGGAAGCAUGGGUUGUUUAUCUGCUCUCACCUAGAAUACUCAAUGCAAUUUCUUCUCACUUCAUCAAUCAUUUUCAACCGUCCAUCUCAACCCCCUCCUUUAUUUCUCUCUCAUUCCUCUCCCAUUCUAUAAAAUUCAAGCCUUGCAAUAAUCUCGCAAGUCUCCCAUCAGCAGCAGCAAUGGCCGGAUUCUUAUCGACUCUCAGGCGUCUUUACCUCUCAAUCUACAACUGGACCGUCUUCUACGGCUGGUUGCAGGUUUUGUAUCUUGCUUUGAAAACUUUGAAUGAAUCGGGGCAUGAGAAAGUGUAUGAUGCGGUUGAAAAGCCUCUGCAGCUUGCGCAGACAGCAGCGGUCAUGGAGAUUCUUCACGGUCUUGUAGGUCUGGUAAGAUCUCCGGUAUCUGCUACACUACCGCAGAUCAGUUCGAGGUUGUUUGUAACGUGGGGUAUUUUGUGGAGUUUCCCUGAGACUCGAACACACUUGCUUGUUAGCUCUCUGGUUAUCAGCUGGUCUAUCACAGAGAUUAUUCGAUACUCUUUCUUUGGCAUGAAGGAAGCACUUGGAGUUGCACCUUCCUGGCUUUUAUGGCUCAGGUACAGCACCUUUUUGGUAUUGUACCCAACUGGCAUCACCAGCGAGGUUGGUCUAAUUUAUACGGCUCUGCCAUACAUCAAGGGGUCUGAUAAGUACUGCGUAAGGAUGCCCAACAAAUGGAACUUCUCUUUUGAUUAUUUCUAUGCCUCGAUCCUAGCCCUUGGAAUCUAUGUCCCAGGCAGCCCACACAUGUACCAAUAUAUGCUGGGGCAGAGGAAGAAAGCUCUCUCCAAAUCUAAACGAGAGUAGAUGAAAGAUAAGUAGGCUUUGUACCACUUUCUUAGGAAUGAUACAUGCAUUUUGUGUAACUUACCUGUCAUGUUGGAACAAUUCGAAUUUCACAUGUUAUUCGAUGUUGAGGCUUGUGAUAUCAAUGGAUCGAUUUGUCUGGUA